AUGGAUUUGAAAAGAUGCACACAGCUAGCCGAAAAAGGAGGAAAAACACUCACGAACUUGGCAGUGCAGAACAUCGAGGCCUGGAUUCUCAUUCCCAUCCUUUUCAAAUACGAAACAGGCACCGUGUUUCAAUUGCUGCUCGCAAGUGUUUUUGUGCUUCUUAUGCUGGUGCCGAUAUGCAUUCUUGAGUUUGCGGCCUUUAUGGCACUUUUUGUGGGCAUUUCAGACGAGCUAAUUGCAUAUUUUAAAACGCUGCACAACAGCUCUCUGUGGGAAUACAUGUUCAUUAUCUUUAUUUUUUCCAUUCUAAUGUCUAUCCUGCUAUUCGCAGAAAAACUGGUUAUAGUCAGGCCUCUGAAGGCGAUAUUCAGAGUGCACAGAGAGAGCUCAGUAAAUGAAGACGCAAAAAAAGAAACACCAAGAAAAAGUAAAGAUAAGGCAGAAACUAAAUCAGACAGCUAUGCGCUUUCAGCUCUAGAUAGAAAUAAAGAGUCUGCAAGCACUGAACACACAUCGGAUAAAAAUAAAGCUGGCACAGCAGAAGAUGCUGCAGAGCACAAAAAAAGCCACUGCUCUAGAGAUGGACACAGUGCAGUAGCUAUAUACACUACAGGAAGGGCGCACAUAAUCAACAUGCCAGAAAUUGCAAUUAACGUAGAGAGUAGAUAUUUAAAUCCGGGUCUGCAUGUAGCGGACAGCCUACAGGAUGUGGAUAUUGACAGAAAUAGCGUGGAAAAACUAUACGAAAACCCAAAGCUCUAUCUACUAAAAGGCUCAUCAGAGAGAAACCCUGCGGACUAUGGCGAAACUGCAGGAUGUCUGAAAAUUGCCUCCAGAGGCACUAGACUCAUCCUGGAUGCUGCUGUUUUUGUUUCAAAGCUGUGUAUUUCAGGCCUGCUCCUUGCAAACGUGUACUACCAGUACACAGAUAAAAACCUCCUCUUGGGAGUCUCUGUGUUCAGCGCCCUGAUAUUUAUCAUGAUCAUAAACACCACUCUUCAGUCGGUCUAUGCGCCCCUAAAAAACUACACGCACAGCUUUACCAUUCUGAUCAUAAUAGCCAUCUACUACACAGUAUUGGAGACACCGGAGAGCACGCAGGGGAUAGACAUAUGCUCCGUUGAGUCUCCUCCUUUCAAUGGGACAGCAAAGGCCAUCUGCAGAUAUCUGCAGCUUAUCCCAAGCGCUGACAAUAUUAUGCGAUUUAUUAAAUAA